AGCUCAGUUUGAAAAUGUCAAAAUAGUGCAGUCGAUGCGGUUGUUGCUCCUCACCGUGACGCACCGUAGCCUUUUUACUUAAUUAAUCGAUCGUUGAUUGUAAUAAAAGAAGAUUCAGGAUGAAUCCUGAUCAACAGUUUUUCCAGUUCGAGGACUUCACGAACUCGGGAUCGCAGCAACAGCAGCAGCAGCAUCAGGCGUCGGCCGUUCACGUCGAUCUCGGCACGCCGAACAAUCAACAGCAACUGUUCGGCGAUCCCAGUCAAAUGAAUCAGGAGCAAAAAAAUGAAAAUCAGCCAAGAAGUUUCUGGACGAUAGAGUAUUAUCAAAAGUUCUUCAAUGUAAAUACAAAUGACGUUUACGAGAGGUUGAAGAGAUCAAUGAUACCUCACGGAGUAGACAACUACUUUGUAUCGCAUAUCAGACCCAAACCAGACUUAUACGGACCAUUCUGGGUGUGCAUUACGCUGAUAUUCGCUAUAGCUAUCAGCGGAAACCUUGCCAGUUAUUUUGCUUCGGCGAGGAGUGGAAAAUAUCAUUGGAAAUAUGAAUUUCAUAUCGUUUCUUAUGCAGCCACCUGUAUAUUUUUGUACGCUUUCUUGUUUCCACUCAUACUGUGGGGAGCUUUGAAAUGGACAAAAGCUCAAACACCAGCUACAGACGAUGAGUUGAUAGAAACGAAUACAGAUGUUGGUCUUUUGGAACUGGUAUGCUUGUACGGUUACUCUCUAACAAUAUACAUUCCUGUAGCAUUUUUAUGGACCAUUCAAAUUGCUCUACUGCAAUGGACACUUGUGAUACUAGCGACAGUUUUGUCUGGUGGUGUUUUAUUAAGAUCGCUAGCACCAAUGAUACCAGGCAAACAAAAGCCAAUUUACGUGGCAAUCAUCUUAUUGAUGCACUUGGCCAUCGCUGCUGGAUUCAUGCUGUACUUCUUCCACAUGCCAUCCACCGCUGUUCCUGCCAUUAGCACUACAACAGCAGCGACGACCAGUACAACCGUCGCCAGCAUCGUGAGCUCGACGAAAGCGGCGUGAAAAAUUGAAGACAAAAAAAGAAGAAAAAACAACGUCAAUAUUCAUAAGGAAACAAGUGAUUAUAUUUUGUAAAUAUGCAUUUUUCCAAUAUUUUCCAGUAAAUUUGUUAACUCUUAUGUGAUCAUUAUCUACUUCAUACAUAAUAAUAAUAAUAGUAAUCAUAAUGAUGAUGAAUGAAAUUCUAUAUAUAUUUAUAGUUAUGGAUUUAAGUGACGUGUACGCGUCUUCACGAUUUGUAGAUAAUUUUAUUUCCGUUAAAAUACAGAUAUUUGAUAUAUAAAGGCGAAAGUGAAAGAAAGUAUUACAAAACGAAAAAAAAGAGUUUUACGAAUUUUGUCAAGACCCUUCUCUCCUCUGGUCCACACGGUCCAUUUGACGACUAUCACUUUCUCACGCAGAUACAGCAUCGAC